AUGGAAAACGACGACAUUGUCCUCGCGGAGAUGCGGCCAAAGAAGCGUGCAGGAAGGAGGAUUUUCAAGGAGACACGUCACCCAAUCUACAGAGGUGUGCGGCGUAGGAACGGCGACAAAUGGGUUUGCGAAGUCCGAGAACCGAUUCACCAGCGUCGAAUCUGGCUCGGUACUUAUCCAACCGCGGAAAUGGCUGCUCGUGCUCACGACGUGGCAGUGCUCGCUCUCCGCGGGAAAUCCGCAUGCUUGAAUUUCGCGGAUUCCGCGUGGCGAUUACCCGCGCCGGAGUCCACCGAUUCGGACACAAUCAGGCGCACGGCAGCAGAGGCGGCAGAGAGUUUCAGACCAGCCGAGUUUAGUACAGGAAUUACAGUUUUGCCCUCGUCUGGCAGUGGUGAGAUCACCACGACAUUAGACGAUGGAGAAGAAAUCGCCGGAGUGAUGAUGAGGCUUGCGGAGGAGCCAUUGAUGUCGCCACCGAGAUCGUACAUUGAAAUGAGUGCGAGUGUCUACAUGGAAGAUGAAAUAUGCUACGAAGAAUUGUCACUUUGGAGUUACUAA